AUGGAUGAAUAUGAUUAUAUUAUUGUCGGUGCAGGCAUUGGCGGUCUUGUUCUAGCCAACCGACUGAGCGAAGAUGCUUCUGUCAAUGUCCUCCUCAUUGAAGCUGGUGCGAAUCGUAUGGGAGAUCCCCGUAUCGAUACUCCUGGCUUCUUGAGUACAAUGUAUGGCAAUCCAGACUUUGACUGGGAUUAUAUGAGUGUUCCUCAGGUCCAUGUAAACAACCGGCAAAUUGGUCAGCCACGAGGCCGUGUCGUUGGUGGUUCCUCUGCCAUGAAUUUUUCUUUGUCCGUUUAUCCCACUGCGUCAAAUUUCGAGAGCUGGAAGGCACUGGGCAAUGCAGGCUGGGGUGCGGAGGAUAUGGCACCCUAUCUUCGCAAGUUCCACACGUACACCCCACCCAGCGACGCCACAGCAGAGCUGCUUGGUACCAAUCGCUACAUGAAGACCGAAAAUCAAGGUUCUGAUGGGCCUGUCCCGGUAUCUCUACCGGAUGUGUAUGGCGAGUUUAACAAAUCAUGGGAUAGGACAUUUGAACAAUUGGGCUGGCAAACAGAUGCCGACCCAAUCCAGGGCCAAAAGCUGGGCGCCUUUACCAGCCCUCUAACAGUUGAUCCUAAGAUGGGCAAAAGAGGAUAUGCUGCAGCUUACUAUUCUCCUGAAGUUGCGGCACGGCCAAACCUGCGACUGCUCACAGAGACAACUGUUGAAAAUGUUCUUCUUGCCCAAGAAGAUGGUGAUAUGAUUGCAAGAGGUGUGCAGGUCAAGUCUAAGGACGGCCAGUACCAGAUCACCGCCAAGAGAGAAGUGAUCCUUUGCGGAGGCAGCUUGAACACUCCUCAGCUGCUUGAACUGUCUGGAAUAGGAAAUGCAGACCUCCUCAAGAGUCACAAUAUCCCAGUCAUUAUUGACAACCCAGCCGUAGGUGAGAAUCUGCAGGACCACGCUCUGUCCACCAUCAACUUUGAAGUUGCAGAGAAUCAGAUCUCGGGUGAUAUCAUGCGCAAUCCGGAGGUCGUCCAAGCACUGAUCAAACUCUACGAAGAGACGAAUGGUGGCCCGCUGUCGGGCAUGCCAAUCAGCACGGCCUAUCUUCCCUUUGUGGAUGGAAAGGGCGCUGUUUCUAGAGAGCAAAUUGACGGUCUACUCUCCACGCACCUCGACGGAACAGAUGUUUCAGCGAGCCUACAAGUGCAAUAUAGCCACCUCCGCGAGAUCCUCCUCCACAAUGAAGAUACCUCCUCACACUACCUCUUCAUGCCUGCUCAGAUCCAGAUGAACGCAGGCAAGACAACUAUAUCUGAUGUCUUGGCCAAGACCCUCCCAGAAAACUACAUCUCCAUCUUGGUCUUGAACAGUCACCCAUUCUCUCGCGGUUCAGUCCACAUCUCCUCUGCGAAGAGCGAAGAUAAGCCAAUUUAUGAUCCCAACUUCCUCUCCCCCCCCCUUGAUCUCGAGAUUAUGGCAAGACAGUUGCAGUUCCUGGACCGUGUGGUGGGGACCGCACCCUUCUCUACUCUCCUCAAGCCAGGAAAGCGGAUGCCUGAACACGCAAAGGACUUGAACGAUCUGGACCACGCAAAGGAGAUUGUCAAGGAACGCCUGUUUACAUGCUUCCACCCCGCUGGAUCGUGUGCCAUGUUGCCACAGGAGAGUGGAGGCGUGGUCGACUCCGAGCUGAAGGUGUAUGGCACGAGAAAUCUGCGAGUUGUGGAUGCCAGUAUCUUCCCUCUUGAGCCAAGUGGAAACAUCCAGGCUGCUGUGUAUGCAGUUGCCGAGAAGGCGGCCGAUUUGAUUAAAGCUAGAAGCUAG